GAAUCGCAUCUUUUAUCGGUUAUGGAAGUAUUUCCUUAGAAACAAGAAACAAGGAAAAGAGUGUGGGAGUGGAGUGGAAGGAGCUUCAAAUAUUUCUCAACGAAUUUUCUUUACUUUGAAAUGUCGUCUUUAACUUUUAAGCUUUCUUCGUUUCUCUUAUCUUCAUCACCGCAAUCCCCUUCUUCUCCACUCUCUUCUUCUUCUUCUUCUUCUUCUUCUCUGACGUCCUAUGUUCCGCCGCUUCCUUCUCUCCGAUUUCCGAGGAAAUCAUCGAAUUACAGAGGACGAUUAACGCUCAUCAGAGCCGGUGAAAAUGACAAUAAAAGUACGCCAAAUGCUGGCGAUUCGAAAACCCCAAACGGCACUCUGCCCAAGAGCAGGAGGGAGAUUCUAUUAGAGUAUGUGCAGAAUGUGCAGCCUGAAUUCAUGGAGUUGUUCGUCAAAAGAGCACCUCAGCAGGUAGUUGAUGCAAUGCGGCAAACAGUGACAAAUAUGAUUGGAACUCUGCCUCCACAGUUUUUUGCGGUGACAGUUACCACUGUUGCUGAAAAUUUGGCGCAGCUAAUGUAUAGUGUCUUGAUGACUGGGUAUAUGUUUAGGAAUGCUCAAUACCGGUUGGAAUUGCAACAGAGUUUGGAACAAGUUGCUCUGCCUGAACCACAAGAGCAAAAGGAUGUGCCAGACUAUGCUCCAGGUACACAGAAAAAGGUGACAGGUGAGGUCAUAAGGUGGAACAAUAUCUCAGGUCCAGAAAAGAUUGAUGCAGUGAAAUACAUUGAGCUGCUUGAGGCAGAAAUUGAGGAACUUAACCGUCAAGUAGCAAGAAAAUCUGCAAAUGGACAGAAUGAACUGUUGGAGUAUCUGAAAACUCUGGAGCCUCAAAAUCUCAAGGAGCUAACAAGUACCGCUGGCGAGGAUGUUGUGCUGGCAAUGAAUACAUUCAUAAAACGCCUAUUGGCUGUCUCCGAUCCUAGCCAAAUGAAGACUAGUGUAACAGAGACAAGUGCUCCAGAACUCGCCAAGCUACUUUAUUGGCUUAUGGUGGUUGGAUAUAGUAUCCGGAAUAUUGAAGUUCGUUUCGACAUGGAACGUGUACUUGGUGCUCCACCAAAACCUGCAGAGCUUCCCCCUGGUGAAAACAUAUAGCCCAGUUGGAGCUUCCUGCCAUCUAGGAUAAAAGAACUGGGGUAACACUAUAUCCAUCUUUGCACUGGGCUAGCAAUUAAAACUGUCAUUUUGUCAUUGAAGUAGGGCUAUGUGAUGGAAGAUUAACUGCUAAAGCUGCAGGAGGCCAUAUUAUUAUACACAAUAUUAUGUUUGACUCAAAGCCACAGAAAUGACAUGGCAAGUUUAAGGUCUCCUUGCCAAAUAGCAUCAGAAAUUGAACUCGGGCUCAUUAAUUUAUUUAAUUAGAUUCAACUGACAAAGACAUUCAUCUUUCUGAAAGUACUUUUGGCUUUCUAUUCAGAUUACUAGUUUCUGGAAAUGCUUUACGUCUCAAACUCCAUCUAUGAGUGUAGCUAAAGUUCAUGGAAUAUCUAAUAUCUACUCUUCUGACUUUUUAUUUGCAUUUAUACCAUAAUAACUGGUCCUUGAAAGUAUUGUUCAAGGUAAGAUCCCGUUGUAUGCAAGUGUCUGAAGGAUGGCUUCCUGCUUUUAACUGUAUGAUAUCAUAGCACGCGAGGCUUUGAGAACAGACAGCAUUUAGAUCUUUGGCGUAGCAUGGUAAUGAGAAUAACCAGGUGAAACAAAAGGAAAAAAAAAAAAAAAAAAAAAAAAAAAGAGA